AUGAGAACUCCUACGGGGGAAACUCCUUUCAAGCUAGCCUAUGGAAGUGAAGUAGUCAUACCUACAGAAGUACAUAUGGUCAAUCACAGGGUGAUGAUGUAUCAAGAUAAGGAUAAUGAGGAGCAACUCCGUUUGAACCUCGAUCUAAUAGACGAGGUAAGGGCAGAUGCAGAGCUCAAGGCAGCAAAGUACAAGAACCUCAUGGCUAGGCAAUAUGAUGCAAUGGUGAAGCCAAGGUAUUUCAAUAUAGGAGAUCUUGUCCUGAGAAAGGCAAGGAUCCUACUACUUGGAGGCCUUGGACGGGAGAAAAUUGGAACAUCCUUGGAAUGUGGAGCACCUGAGGAGGUACUAUUAGUAAAAGUGAGCCUGGACGAGUAUUACUAUGGAUGA